CGGGGAGAGAAGAGGAAGGAGGCUCCGGGAGUACGAGACAAAAAAGGGUCAGGCCUGGGACGGGAAAAUCUGGAGAGCGGAGAGAAGAGGGAUCAUCUCUCAUUUUCUUUUUUUUUCAUUCCUUUUGAGUUUAAGUUUUUCACCUGAAACUUUCCCUCAUCUACAUCGCCAUCUACAUCAUCUGACAUUACCCAUCAGACCGUAAGACUCGACGAUGCCGUCCAACACUGUCACCAACACCGCUUCAUUCAAAAGCUCAGACUACGCUGACUCACCUGGAAACAGAAUGGGUGAGAGCACAAUACUGGACAUGGACCUGAUGACAGAGGAGAAGUCGGCUAAAAGUAGCACCUCUUGUAAAGUUGGCAAGCCGGGACGAAAGCUCAAGCAGUUUCCAGUCGAGAGCUGUGGCUCUUUCAAAGAUGGUGUGGGUGUGGGCAGCAACAGCUACACUGGGGUGGGAAGGCCGUCCAUGGCACAGGUCCACAAUGGAGACAUGGGCGGGCACAGAGACAGGACAUCUGACGCCUGCUUCCCCAAACAGGAGAAGAGGGAAGUGGAGAACGGAAUCCCGAGCGACCCUUCCUCUUGCCGGGCAGAGGACAGCUCCCGGGGUCAGAGCCUGAGCCCUUCCCAGGAGAACGGAUUCCUGCCCAGCCAGGACGAGCAGGACGACAACCUGACGACACCGCGUAAGAAACGAGGGAGGCGGAAACUGGAGCGCCCAACCAAAUAUGUGGAGCACAAGGAGGAGGACGGCCGUGAUGCAGUCAAGACCGAGGCAGGUCGAGGGAGACUGCGAGGGGGAGUUGGUUGGGAGAUCAGCCUUCGUCAGAGGCCCAUGCCCAGAAUAACCUUCCAGGCUGGUGACCCUUAUUACAUUAACAAGCGGACCAGAGAGGAGUGGCUGGCCAAGUGGAAGAUGGAGGCAGAUAAAAAGGCCAAACUGAUGUCAGCGAUGAAUACGAUGAAGGAUCACAAAGAGAGGGAAAUAGAGACCCAGAGAGAAGAGGUCUCAAUAAUCAAGCACCCGCCACCUUCAAAACAGCAGCAGCCUCAGCCGCAGUCGCACACUCAGUCUCAGUUACUGCCUCAGUAUCAACAGCAAUCACAGCCGUCGCUGCCACAGCAACAACAACAACAACAACAUCAGCAGCCGCAGCCGCAGCAGCAGCCUACUGACCCCGCCUCCCCCACGGUGGCCACGACCCCUGAGCCUGUCGCCAUCGGAGGUGGAGACAAGGCAUCCCCCAAGUCUGCAGACACUGAGCCAGAGUAUGAGGACGGUCGUGGUUUUGGCAUCGGCGAGCUUGUUUGGGGAAAGCUGAGAGGGUUCUCGUGGUGGCCAGGCCGCAUCGUAUCCUGGUGGAUGACGGGACGGAGCAGAGCUGCUGAGGGAACCAGAUGGGUCAUGUGGUUUGGAGAUGGAAAAUUCUCAGUGGUCUGCGUAGAGAAACUUUUGCCUUUAAGUUCCUUCAACAAUGCCUUUCACCAACCAACUUACAACAAGCAGCCCAUGUACAAGAAAGCCAUCUAUGAAGUGCUGCAGGCGGCUAGUAGCAGGGCAGGCAAAGCCUUCAUAGCCUGCCCUGACAGUGAUGAAACAGAAACCUCCAAAUCAGUGGAAAUGCUGAACAAGCAGAUGAUUGACUGGGCUAUGAAUGGAUUUCAGCCCACUGGACCCAAAGGCCUGGAGCCACCCGAAGACGAGCGUAACCCAUACAAAGAGGUUUACCCUGAGAUGUGUAUGGAGCCAGAAGCUGCAGCCUAUACGCCUCCUCCAGCCAAAAAGCCUCGCAAAAGCACAGCAGAGAAACCCAAGGUCAAGGACAUCAUUGAUGAAAGGACACGAGAGCGGCUUGUUCAUGAAGUGAGACAAAAGUGCCGCAGCAUAGAAGACAUCUGCAUCUCCUGUGGAAGUCUGAAUGUUAGCCUUGAGCACCCGCUGUUUGGUGGAGGAAUGUGCCAGAGCUGUAAGAACUGCUUCCUAGAAUGUGCAUAUCAGUACGACGAUGAUGGUUAUCAGUCGUACUGCACUAUAUGCUGCGGAGGGCGAGAGGUGCUCAUGUGCGGAAACAAUAACUGUUGUCGGUGUUUCUGUGUGGAGUGUGUUGACCUCCUCGUUGGUCACGGAGCAGCCGUCGCAGCCAUCAAAGAAGACCCGUGGAACUGCUACAUGUGCAGUCAGAAGGGUGUGUUUGGCCUGCUCGAGCGUCGCACUGACUGGCCCUGCCGUCUCCAGCAUUUCUUUGCUAAUAAUCAUGAUCAAGAUUUUGAUCCACCAAAGCUUUACCCCCCAGUCAUGGUGGAGAAGAGGAAGCCCAUUCGUGUGCUGUCGCUAUUUGAUGGCAUCGCAACAGGCCUGCUGGUGCUGAAAGAACUUGGCAUCGAUGUGGAUCGCUAUGUAGCUUCAGAAGUGUGCGAAGACUCCAUCACUGUGGGUAUUGUCCGGCAUCAGGGUCGCAUUAUGUAUGUUGGAGAUGUGAGAAACGUCACACGCAAACAUAUACAUGAGUGGGGUCCUUUUGACUUAGUUAUUGGUGGAAGCCCAUGCAAUGACCUCUCUAUAGUCAACCCUGCGAGGAAAGGUCUGUAUGAGGGAACCGGCCGCCUGUUCUUUGAGUUCUACAGGCUGCUUCACGAGGCUCGGCCGAAGGCGGGGGAAGAACGACCCUUCUUCUGGCUCUUUGAAAAUGUGGUCGCCAUGGGUGUCAGCGAUAAGAGGGACAUAUCUCGCUUUUUAGAGUGCAACCCAGUGAUGAUUGAUGCCAAAGAGGUGUCUGCUGCCCACCGUGCUCGCUACUUCUGGGGUAACCUUCCUGGCAUGAACAGGUUGGUGUAUGAAUGGCCUUUGUCUGCCAUGUAUACUGACAGGCUGGACCUCCAGGACUGUUUAGAACACGGCAGAACUGCGAAGUUUGAGAAGGUGAGGACCAUCACCACCAGGUCUAAUUCCAUCAAACAGGGCAAGGACCAGCACUUCCCUGUCUUCAUGAACGAGAAGGAAGACAUACUCUGGUGCACUGAGAUGGAGAGGUAUGUGAACAUGUUCCCUCAAACCACCUUUGUUUACUCUUUAAGAGACAAAAAAUCUCCAAAUGAUCCUCCUGUAUUUUUCCCUAUUUGGCUACACGUAUGUCUGCCCUCCUCUCUAUUGUGUUUGUUCUGUAUCCGAUGGUGUGGCUGUUUUCCCCCGUCAGGAUCUUUGGCUUCCCAGUCCACUAUACGGACGUGUCCAACAUGAGCCGACUGGCAAGGCAGAGGCUCCUCGGCAGAUCAUGGAGCGUCCCGGUGAUCCGCCACCUGUUUGCACCACUCAAAGAAUACUUUGCCUGUGUUUGAGCAGCCAGAGCACCCGCUCUGAACCAUUUAGGAACUACAACUGUAUGUUGUUACUAGAAAUAAGAGCCUUGAUCCUCAAAUUAUACUCUUGUAUAAUUUGCAAGCGAAAACAUUGACGUAGAUUUCACAUUAUUUCUUGUAUUUGAAUUGUAAUUCUUAUUCUAUUUAAUUUUGAUAUGUCAUUUUACCUUUUAGCAGUGUUAUCAAGUAUUGUUGAUUUGUUUGUGCAAGCUAUACUUGAGACUAUGCUUUCUUCUCAAGACACUGAGACAGAAAAGUGCUAAACAUGUAUUUUAAAAGAGACGGUCGUGCGAUGGGAAACACCAGAUAGAUAGGAAGUGGUUUUGAGAUAUGUGAAAUGUUUCUGCUGUGUGAGCGUACUGUACGUCGGGGGCUGCGAGAUUCCCACCUGCAGUGCAGCCAUGCUUCCAGCUACUGAGCCUCACAGAGAUGUGAAGAGAAAGCAGAUUUUCUUCAGUGUCAGGAGAGCUGUGUCUCUGAGAAUCCAAAACACCAGAUCACAUAUACCUCUUUGUUUACAGUUUCUAUACACAACUGAAGGUAAUAAAGGUACUACUGUAAUAUGGUUACAAUACCAUGGUGCUCCACAAUGAUGAGAAACAUCAUAGCCCAUGUGGCAAUACAACUUUAGACAAUACGGAGCUAUUUAACCUGUUGCUGGAAAAACUUGUGUUUGAUGUUUUUACACUUAAUGAAAAAAAAAAAUCUGUUCUGUGCCGUUUUGUUCACUUCAGAGGAAACGUAGAAGUGACAGACAGUAGACUGCAAAAUGGAGCAAAUCCUCUUUUCUGCAUUUUACAGCUUUUAUACAGUUUUUACUGGUGCUCAUUUAAUCUCUCAGCCUUGCUACACUCAGGCUCACUGCCUGGAUCUGCACAAACAGAAAGUGAAGCUAGCCACAUGGGAAAUGAUGUUUUCUGUCAUUUGAAAAAGAAAAAAAAACUUAAGAUCAAAGUCUGUGGUGAGCUACUUUUUUCUAGUUUCAUCCUGACCAAUGACAUUACUGUACAACUGUUAGUAAGCGUGGUCGCUGGAGGUAGGGUGGCCAGGCCGGGUAACUCUCCUCCUCAACUACCACCUCUCUAAACUGAAAAACUGUCAGGUGCAAAUCCUCAACAAUAUGGUGCGGCUUCACAAAGUUCUUCUACCUUUUUAUAGCAAUUUUGUGCUGUUUUAUCAACAUUAUAAAGCACUUUUAUAUGUAUACUUUCUUUUUUUUUCUUGAUAUUUUUAAAAAAAAUAUUGGUUCUUGUGAAUUGUUUUUGUUUUGUUUUAUGAUGUGAACUGAUCUACCCUCGUGUAAUACUUUUUGUAUACAGUAGGGCUGUGCCAAUAGAAGUGAAAGAAUGGAUUUUGAUAUGUGAAACCCAUGUUAUUUGACUCAUUGUACAGUAGAUGGAUUGACAUUUGCAACCCCCAACCCUUUUCCCUUCUUCCAUCAUCCAUAUUGUUCUCUGUUUUAAAGCAGCGAUACAGUAUGUUACUACCCAGAUUCAAAGAGCGUCUAUUUCUAUUGAGAUUGUAAAACGUAAGACAGAGUUAAAGAACUAUGUCUCAUGCUUUGUAUAAUAUUUUGUCCCUUGUGAAGGACAGUUGGCCCUCGGCCAUUUCCCUGAUGAAUCGUAGUCGUCAUGUUGACAAAUUUAAGUGCUGAUCCAAAUUUGGAUUACAUUCACAAACUAAAUUCUCUUGAUUGUAACCUCUAAGCUAAACAUGGAGGAUUUAGGCUUCAGUUUGUCAAAACGAAAAACUGACACAGUGGCUGGCGAGAUGUCACCACUCAAAGAGUAAAGAGGGUAAUAAAAACAGAUGCUAUCGCUUAUCUAUAUCAUAUUUAAGAUUCAAAAUUUGAAAUUUAAUUUCUUAAUGUAAUUAAGUUCUUAAGUGACCUUAUUGCCAUCAUUGUUGUCCAUGCACACAGGGCUCAAUAUGAGUCCUUGUGCUUUGUGAUAUUUUGACCAGAUGUUAUUUACCCCCUCCUCCUAUGAUAAUUACAUCCCCUCAUGUUUGUACAUUUUGUACAUAGAGUUUUCCGGUUGCUGUUUCAAUUUGUUUUUAUCUUUUUUUUUUUUUUUUUUUACGUAUGAGAUGUACAAAUAUAAUUCUUUGCUAAUAUAUAUCAUCAAAUUAGAAAAAAAAAUCUUAGGUUAAAAAUAAAAAUCAAGUGACAAAUUUGAUUCAAAACUUGCUUUGAGCAUUAGCUGUAGGGAGACUCCAAGUCUACUUUUUUCGUACUGAUUUGUUUGUGUCAAGUGAAUCCAGAUUUAAUGUCAUGUGAUCUUAAUAGUGGCCUACGGACAGCUUUAAGAUGAACGGUCUCAACUUCACUGCACAGCCCUACAUGGUGGUGUUUUUUGCUUCGGUUUUCUUUUGUAAGACUUUAAAAGAGGGAUUGUAGGUGUUUUCCGAUGGUGCUAAACAUUUUAUCUAAUCAAGAAAAAUAUAUUUGAUUGGAAGAGAAAUAAACAUGUCUCAACAAUGACUGUUUUUAAGUUCCUUGUAGUAAUGGAAAAGAACUAUUAUUUCACUCAUAUAAAUAUAUUAACAAAGGCAUUUUAACUUUGUACUUGAAAAAAUAAGGAUAACAAAUAAUGAAAGGUUUCCUAUAUUGUUUUAGACUAGAGAUUGCUGUAGUUGGUGCUUAUCUGUGGGAAAAUCGUGUGAGAAAAAAAAACGGUAAUAACUUUUACUGUAGCAUUAUGUAUGCUUAAUACGCAUUACUUCUUAAUCCUACAUUCCAUGCAUUAAUAUUCUCCAUGUCUGUUUUCAGAAUGUUAAAUUGAUGCUUAUUUGUUUUGUUUUUUUUAUCAGCAACAUUUCAUUUCACUGUUCAAAGGCAGGUCAAUAAUCUAUAUUCGGUGAUACUGUUGACACUCUGUGUGACUUUCUUUGUCAUAACUGUUUAUGGCCUAUAUGCUUUUUUUCCUCAAGACCAGUUCGUACAGCAAAUGUAGCAGUCAUUCUCCACUUUGAACCCCCCACCCCACCCUUCCUGCCCCUCCCCUCCCCACCCUCCCCCAUACUUAUGUUUAGUGUCCAGAGAGAAGAUAAAGGCUCCGUAUGUACUUGUGCUGGAGAACACUUGAAUAAAUGUAUUGUUUUUGUGCAAAACUCUGCCACCUCCUGUUCUUUUUUUUCAUUUAUAAUUAAUAAAAAUCAACCUAA